CUGUGAACGGAAAGGUGGGGAAUAGUUCCUACGUAUCUACGGUGUUGGCAAAUUUCGAAGGGGACCCAAAUAAUUGGAGCAUUAUGUUUACUCCUAUCAGGGUUGGAGUAUUUAAUGUGCUCAUCGACGAGGAACUUUAUCAAGUUUAUGAUUCAUCAUUGCACUUCCGAGUUGAGCCAGGGAACAUGUAUCCAUCUGUAUGUGUUGCUUCAUGGAAGGGCCUGAAAAAUGAGUUUGAAGCUGGUGCGAAAGCUACUAUUGUGAUACUCCUCAAAGAUGCAUUUGGGAACAAUAUAUCUCGAUCAACAGAAGUUUCCUAUUUACCUGACUUUAAUUUGUCUGUGCUUUAUGAAAAUGGUUCCUUUGCUAGUGCACUAAAUAUCAGCAACAUGGGCUGGAACGAGUUUGACUAUAUGGUUUUUGAGUUUAUUGUGACAAAAGCUGGCAACUUUUCGUUGCGUGUGGAAGGAGGAAAUCAAACAUUGAAUGGUUCUCCAUUACCAUUGAAGGUGAACCCAGGACCUAUAGAUAUCUCUAACUGUAUGGCCAAAUGGAACUUCAAACCAAAAGCAUGGCAAUUGGCUUCCAAGAUGGAAAUUCUUAUACAUCAGCAAGAUCAGUAUGGAAAUCUGGUUCCAGGACUUUAUGAAUUUGAUGCUGAAGUUGUUGAAAGGGAAACAAAUCUGUCAAUACCUGUACCAGAUCUUCAUUUUGAAGAAGUGGAUGCUGGGAUUCAAUUGUUUUCUUUCAGCAAUUUGGAACCCGGGAAUUUCUUUCUAACAAUAUAUGAUAGCAAGCAUAACAAAAGCAUUUUUAGUAUGCCAUAUGCUUACACCGUUUAUGUUGGUUACUGUGAUGGGGUGAAAAGUGUUGUGAAUGGAUCAGGUUUAAAUGAUUCAGUGGCAGGAGUGUUGACAGAAUUUUCUGUGUAUUUAAAUGACAUAUAUCAAUAUCCUUCCCCUGUUGAAGCAGAAUUAUUUCAAGUUCUGAUUUUUAGAGGAAACGACUCAUACAGUAUUUCCCCUACUAUAUAUCCCGUGCUAAACACCACCGGAAGCAGGACAACUUCAAGAGUGAGAUAUGAUGGUGUUAGUCACAUUGAAAUUGCCCCAUCACCAUCAAUAGAGCUAAGUAACAACAGUGAGAACUCUGUAGUGGCCAGUGCCUUUCGAGUGGAAUAUAUACCUACAAAAAGCGGCACUUAUGAGAUUUGUAUAUAUUGUGGAAAUAUUUUAUUAAAUGGAGGUCAUUCGAUCAGUAAAGAAGUGCGACCAGGUGAAGUAAACAUGUUAUUUUCAGGUGUUGUGACGUUUCCUCAAAAGGUGCCAAAGCUGUCAAAAAAUGAAAUAGUAGUAAAUCUGUUGGAUUCAUUUUCAAACCCUGUCCUGUCACAACAAUCAAGGUUGAAAUUGGAGAUUACUUCAACUAAUAGUUCUGUAUUUCUAACUUGGGACAUUGUGGAUUAUAAGGAUGGUUCAUAUGGCUGCCAUUAUAUGGCCAAAGAUGUUGGCACUUACGAGAUUUGUGUUUCCUAUGAUGACAAGCGUUUCUCCCGAUGCCCUUUCAGUGUCAAUGUGUACAGUAGUGAAUAUUUUCCCAAAGCCAACAAUGACACAGUAUCUAUUUGGGAGGAUGAGUCAAUUGUGGUUGAUGUCUUAGCAAAUGAUAAUUUUGCUGGGGAUAAUGCAAGCAUCGUUGAUCUCUCAAAACCAGAUCAUGGUUCACUUAUACAGAAUGGAGGAAUAUUUCGUUUUACUCCUUAUGAACAUUAUUAUGGAAACGAUUCUUUUUGGUACACGAUAUCCGAUAUAAACGGAAACAUAGCUACUGCUUCUGUGUAUAUAUCUGUUCUCAGUGUCCCACCUCAGCUUGCUUCUGUUCCAAGUCAACUGCAAGCAACAGAAGAUCUGACUAGUCCUAGAUUUGGUGGUUUCAUUGGGUUUGAGAUAACUUAUUCAGAUUUAAUGGAAAAUAUUUCUGUCAACCUGAGCGUACGAUCUGGAAGUAUACUUCUGUCUCCUAUGGUAAUGCAAUUUGGGCAACCUAUGUGGAGUGAACUUACUAUUAAUACAGGAAAUGAAACAGCCAACAAUUUAGUGUUGGAAGGUUCUGUGGAAGUAAUUAAUUUUGCGCUUCAGUCAAUCCAGUAUCUAGGAAAUGAGAAUUUUUGUGGUAAGGAUGUCAUUCGAGUGUCCACCAAGAAUAAGUAUGGAAUGAAUGCGUUGGAUGUUCCAAUUUUUGUGGAUCCAAUCAAUGAUCCGCCAUUUAUUAGGGUCCCUUACUUUAUCAUAUUGAAGGGUAACAAAGGCGAGUCAGUCAUCUUUGACAAAGACUCAGACAACUUUGACUUUUUCAUUGGAGAUCCUGAUCUUCUUACCUUCCCUGGCGGAGAGGCUCAAUUUCUGGUGACUUUCUCUUUGGAAGUAAAUGAUGGCUUAUUAGUAACAACUCUUCCUUCUUAUUUGAUCAACACAACUGAACUGAAGAUUGGAAAUAGUAACCAGUGGCAGCCUCUUUUGACAUAUGUUACUAUAUCAGAGCAUUUUAUGGUCAGAGCCAAUGGAAUUAGAUUUCAGGGAACAGUCAACGACUGCAACACAGUUAUGCAGCAACUUUUCUAUCAUGGAGGUGAGCAUGGAGCUGUUUUGACAUUGAAAUUAAAUGAUAUGGGAAAUUAUGGAUGUUAUCCUGAUUGUUCUGAAGGGAUGUCAAUGCCUUUAUAUGCUGAGGCUAUGGUAAACUUGAUGAGAAGACGACCAAUGAGUUCAUUUCUUGCUCAUGUCUUAGGAUCAGCCAUCAUCAUCGAGUUUUUGAUAAUCUUUUCUCUCGGAGUGUUGCUUCUGUACUUCACCUGCAGAUGUGCAAUUCUUCUGGUAAAUGAAAGAAGAAACAGAGGAGAAAAGCCUCCGGAGAUAUCUGCUAUGCAAGGAUUACAGAAGCAACUGUAA